UGCUUCCAUUUGCUUGUGAUUGUAUUUGAGCUACUUUCUCAUGGCCCCAUGUGUGUUUUUCUCUUUGCUUUUAGGGGGGAUUUUCGAGCAAACAGAUGGACCUGUUUCACUUGUUAGCGCGGAGGAGCUUGCCUUCAAAUUCGCUGUGAAUAAUAUUAACAGAAACAGGACUUUGUUGCCAAACACAACAUUAACAUAUGACAUACAAAGGAUAAAUAUCUAUGACAGCUUUGAGGCAUCGAGAAAAGCUUGUGACCAGCUUUCUUUAGGUGUGGUUGCGAUAUUUGGGCCGUCGCAUAGCUCAUCAUCUAACGCGGUGCAGUCCAUCUGCAAUGCUCUUGAGGUGCCACACAUUCAGGUGCGGUGGAAACAUCACCCCAUGGACAACAGGGAUACCUUUUACGCCAAUUUGUACCCAGACUACUCAUCGUUAAGCUACGCCAUCCUGGACCUGGUGCAGUUUCUCAAAUGGAAAACGGCCACUGUUGUUUAUGAUGACAGCACAGGUCUUAUAAGGCUACAGGAGCUGAUAAUGGCUCCGUCCAGGUACAACAUUCGGCUAAAGAUUCGCCAGCUUCCCCUUGACACACAGGACACGAGGCCCCUUCUAAAAGAAAUGAAGAGAAGUCGGGAGUUCCGAAUUAUCUUUGACUGCAGCCACCACAUGGCCGCACAGAUUCUGAAACAGGACUUGAUGGCCAUUGACCUCGAGCCAUAUCGCUUCUGUGGUGUCAACAUGACCGGCUUCCGCAUCCUUAAUGUAGAUAAUCCUCAAGUGGCAUCCAUUGUGGAGAAGUGGUCGAUGGAAAGGCAGAUACCUCCUAAACCAGAUUCAGGCCUGCUGGAGGGCAUCAUGACGACAGAUGCAGCUCUGACCUAUGAUGCAGUCCACAUUGUCUCAGUCUCAUACCAGCACGCUCCACAGAUGACUGUGAACUCGCUGCAGUGCCACCGCCACAAGCCCUGGAGAUUUGGAGGGCGCUUUAUGAGUUUCAUCAAAGAGGUGGGGAAGUGGAGUGUGUCAGGAGGUCUUAACAUCACAGAAGUGCCAAAGCGAAAAGGGAUGAACAUCACCGAUUCUCUGGCAAACCGCUCGCUCGUCAUCACCACCAUUCUGGAGGAGCCAUAUGUCAUGCUUAAGAAGUCUGACAAGGCGCUGGUUGGGAACGACCGUUUCGAAGGAUUCUGCAUCGACUUGCUGAAGGAGCUGGCCGGUAUCCUGGGCUUCACGUACGAGAUCCGACUGGUGCCUGAUGGGAAAUAUGGCUCUCAGGAUGACAAGGGCCAGUGGACUGGCAUGAUUAGGGAACUUAUUGAACAUAGGGCAGACUUGGCAGUGGCUCCCCUCACCAUCACCUACAUGCGUGAGAAGUUCAUUGACUUCUCCAAGCCUUUCAUGAACACGGGCAUCAGCAUUCUUUACCGCAAACCCAAUUCCACCAACAACGGCUUCUUCUCCUUCCUGAACCCCAUGACUCCAGACAUCUGGGUGUAUAUUCUCCUGGCCUACCUGGGUGUUAGCUGUGUUCUUUUUGUCAUUGCUCGGUUCAGCCCAUAUGAAUGGUACGAUGCCCACCCCUGUAAUCCAGGAUCAGACGUGGUAGAGAACAACUUUACCCUCCUGAACAGCUUCUGGUUUGGCUCAGAACUGAUGCCCAAAGCCCUGUCCACCAGGAUCAUUGGUGGGAUCUGGUGGUUCUUCACACUCAUCAUCAUAUCAUCUUAUACAGCCAAUCUGGCAGCUUUUCUCACUGUGGAGAGAAUGGACUCUCCAGUGGACUCAGCUGACGAUAUUGCAAAGCAGACCAAGAUUGAGUAUGGUGUGGUCAAAGAUGGAGCUACUAUGACCUUCUUCAAGAAAUCAAGGGUUUCUACAUUUGAGAAGAUGUGGGCCUUUAUGAGCAGCAGACCCAGAACAUCGCUUGUAAAGUCUAUUGAGGAUGGGAUUCAGAGGGUGUUGAAGUCAGACUAUGCCCUUAUUACAGAGUCCAGCACUAUUGAUUACAUCACUCGGAGAAACUGUAAUCUGACACAGGUGGGAGGGAAUAUCGACAGUAAAGGCUAUGGCAUCGGCACUCCCCUCGGAUCCCCAUACAGGGACAAAAUCACUAUAGCAAUCCUCAGCAUCUUGGAGGAUGGACGCCUACACAUGUUGAAGGAGAAGUGGUGGAGUGGGAACAGCUGCUUGGAUGAGGAGCGUCGCGAGACGGGCCCCAUGGGGAUCCAAAACCUGGGUGGUAUAUUCAUUGUGCUGGCGUCUGGCCUGGUGCUGUCUGUUUUUGUGGCAAUUGCUGAAUUCAUCUACAAGCUCAGGAAGACGGCAGAACGUGAACAGAGGUCUUUGUGCAAUGCCAUGGUGGACGAGAUCAGACUGUCGUUCACCUGCGAGAGACGGGUGAAGCACAAGCCUCAGCCCCCGGUCAUGGUGAAGACGGAUGCGGUGAUCAACAUGCACGCCUACAACGACCGACAACUCCCAGGAAAGGACAACAUGAGCUGCAGCACUGGGAUGACUCCUGUGUUCCCAUGACACUGUGCGCCCCACCGAGCAAGAACCUCCUGAGCAGUUUGUCAGGGGCGGUGCCGGAGCUGAGAGACAAUGGCUUAGACGGGAUCAGCAGAUACACCAUCAACCACAGUGACAUAGGGACACUGACCAAACACGGUCAACUCAAAAUGGCAGCAUCAGCCACACAGGUAUGACAAGAAUCACCACCGUAUCCCAAACCACCAGAGUAUAAAGGAAUAUCUGAGGUGGUUUGGAUAAAAAAAAAAAGUUGAUAAAAAUUCCAUACCUGUUGAAAGAUACAGUAGACCCAAAUAAGAAUCAGUGUCAAGUCUGAUGUUUACGUGCUCAAUACAAAAUCACACGAAAAUAACACAACUUUUAAUGGAUUCUUAAUCAUUCAAACAACUGAAAUUUUGUUGGAAAAUGUGGUUUAAUGCAAGAAAGACAGCUUUGUGGAGAAUGGCAAUAAAAAACUGAGAAGAAGGACGAGGCAGUUUUCAUUGGAAAUCAGUUUUGUCAUAAAUGAAAGUUAUAUCAAGUUCUUAUCUUUAUCCUGUUGAUUUACACACUCCUGGAUGGCCUUUGGCAGCAUAAAAUAGUGUUACCUCAAACAUAAUGCGUAGGUCUGACUGAUUGUCUGAGUCAAAAGCUGUAGGAAUACUCUUUUAGUAUCUGCAAUACUGUGAUUGAUAGAGCCUACGGCAAGAUGUGGAACAGUAAAUUUCAGUUUGUUGUAGUUGUGAUGUGUACUUAACAAUAUUGUCACAAAGAUCAACCAUAAUCACUGAUGCAUAGCAAAUCGUGGAGACAUCUACUGUAUAUUAAAAAUAUAAGACUCCACCAUGGACUAUUUGACAGUGUUAUGGGUUUUUUCUUUUUCCUUUUUUAACAGAAGAACAUUUGUGACAAAUUUCUUUGUAGAUAAUUGCGUUCUGAUCAGCUGAAAUUCUGAUUGCCAAAGAUCUGAUCCUUUAUCAGAAAUAUAUUCAGAACAGCGUGGGGCAUAAAUAUUGAGUUAGAUUUCAAACCACUCAUUUUAUGUUAAAUGAACAAGAUCAUGAUAUGAUGUUGUCCUUACGAUUAUGCAGGGUAGCAAGUAUCCAAAGUAAGGCACAUUUGGGAGAAAAAGGAAGCAAAAGCAAAUUCAAGCUAUCAUAAAUGUGGUCACUGUAUAACGCUACUAAUGAUAAUAAUAAUAGUCAUAAUAAUAAUAAUAAUACCUGAUGGAAUAUUUGUGAAUCUUUUAUACUUUCAACCAUAGAGGUCAAGAAAGUUUUAAAUGACCCCGUUAUCAAAAUAUAGCUUAAAUGCUAAGGUCUGUAAAGUAAUCCAAGGGGGGGGGGUAGCUGCCCUAAUGUUCUUAUUUUCUUGCCGUGCUUUCAUUAAUGUAAGGCGUCUGUGCAAAACGUGUUGCAUUUUGCACAGACACCGUAGCUAACGUCUGCUAUAAAAGUGCUGGCACAGACCAGCAGUGUGGGCAGGAUUAAAUAGACAAGGUUACAAGGUUGAGAACCAAAAUAAGUAUGUCUGCGCCUGACAAUAAGCUAAUGCACGGAUAACUUCACAUAUGUGUCUUUUUAUUGAUUCAGUCAUUAAACUAAAAUCUGUUUGUAGUGAAAAACUGUCAUUAAAUUGGGAUGAACUAAUUGACUGAUGUGUGCAAGGAAAUGCAAAUUUAAGUAAGAAGACACAUGAAACAAUGGAAAAAAGGGCGUCAUUUUAUGAAUAUUACCAUAUUUACCAUAUUUCUUCCCCAAACACACAUAUAUUUUCCUUUGAUUAACAUUACUUUCUCUUGGAUUGCGCUGCAGUUAUUUUAUCCCUUCUGGUUGUGCUCUUUAGUCAUGUUUUUGAACCCGGAUAAUUUAUCUGAGUUAUUUUUCAAAACCCCAAAAAUCUGAGCGACUACUGCUUAUGCUUAGAAAAUUCUGCAGGAUUUUAGAAAACAUGCUUCUAAGUAAUUUCCAGAUGUAUAGUCCCUGAAAUGGAACAUUUCUAUAAUCAGAUUUUAACCUGUGAUGAAAUGGUAAGGUGGCCAUUUAUUUUCUAAAUUCUCAUGCGUUCACAACAUUGGAGGGGACUGAAUAAGCAUUUUCUUUUAAUUGAAUAAAGGACUGUUGCUGAGACAAGGCAAAAAUGAUUUUCUGUAUUUUGUGAGUUUAAUGUAUAGCAUAUUCAUUGAACUAGAAAGCUGAUCUUUGUCUGUGGGGCUGUAGGACCACAGGAUGUCCCACGAACUUCUGAACACAUUUUUGAAAACUUAAUAUUCCAAUUGUGAUAUAUACAGGCUUUAUUGGCAACAAAAUGACUACUGUACAACAUUAAAAAAAUCAGUAAGGAGUGCUGUUUUUAAGUGGCAAAAGUACGUUUUUACAUCUCACCAUAGAAAGUCACCAGUUGGCUCUGUUUAAUUACCAGAUGUGGACUGAGUAAAUUCAAUUUGUACACAUACUUGUAAACAUGCUGAAAGACUGUGGCGAAUAACGGAGGAGAGCUACUAUUUCUGUGUUCACAUAGACGUUAACACCUGUAUGGCGUUAGUGUACAUCUUUAGCAAGUGUCAUACCUAAGGAAGACUUGAGGCAUCUGUGAGCUGCUGUUGCCCAGGAGCCGAAAAAACAGCAAACCUCUGUGAGGUUCAUGUUGUUGGGACUCAAACAUGAAAAAAAAAACAAAUAUGUAAAACGAAAAAAUUAUGUAACUAUGUAUGAUUCAAGGAAACUCCAACCUGUAAAACUUAGCAUUGGUUUGGUAGAGAUUUACUGUAUAAUUGUUUAUUGAUCCCCCAUCUGCAAAGUAUAGCGUGUAGAUAAAAUCAUCAGGAGAAAAUGUAUUUUGCUAAAUUUAUACCAUUAUAGAUUAAAUCUGCUCACAAAUAUGUUCUAAAUAUAAUUUAAUCCAUUAGAGAGGUCACUUUAACGUACUUCCUCACUUUAUCCCAGUCCCAUUGCCCUGGACCUUGUUUAUUUCGUGAAAAUGCAUUAUAAAAUGUGUACUGAGUUGCUGUCAUCUGGAUUGGAAAUUGUACUUAAAUCUUCUUUUAUGAUGAGUUAUAUAUUUCUACAAGGUGACAAUGAAAUGGAAAUACUAAGAUUUCCCAAGAGUUUAGGGAACAGUUUUUUAGACUAGGUUUAUCUCGUGUCAAUGGACCUUUACUCUUUAUAAAAUCCCAGUCAAAUCCAGAUUUAAAGUGUGACCGCUGCUGAUGUGUUCAUAUAAAUUCUUAAUUUUCUCCCCAAUGUGUGCUGUAGUUUUUCUUUCAGGUGGUUAAAGGACUCAAGCACUUCUGUAAUUUGUGUGACAUCAAUUGAAGAUCCCAUCCAAACCUUUCAGAAUUAUUAAAGGAUGUUUAAUCUGGUUGAUGGAAACUUUCUGAAUAUAUGUGUCUUUUUUUGUAAAUCCAUGGGAAUGCUAUUGUCAUUUUACACAAAAACGUAUGAAAAGUAACACAAAGUGUAAGCUACAUAAAUCGUGUUCCGUUAGCAGUGCGUGAUUUGAGUUUUGAUUUUUCAGCAAUCAUGACGAUAUGCCUUCUUAUGUAUUUCUUUGUUUUUAGUUGCAAAGCUUCUAUCGCCUGUCAGAAAACCUCUCAACAAUACGAAACACAUGUUGGUGCCAACCAGGGUUUUCUUUGUGGACAUGCAGAAUUUCUAUGAAUAUAGUUUUUGUAAGAUUUUGUAUUAAAACGGGGGUGGGGGAGUUUGUUUUCCUAGUAACUAUGUGUUAAGAGAACAUUAGAAUAACUGACACCUAAAUAAAAUAGGGGAUGGGGGAUCAUCAAAAUACUAUAGAAAAGCUACUGAAUUAUUUUCUUUUUAACACACUGUGAAUAAUUCAAUUGUACAGUUUGCUGUAUGGGUUAUAUGAA